AUGGUAUGGCCUGAACGGCGCAUUCGACGAGCAGCGGCCGCGUGCUACCGGUGUCACUGGCGCAAGGUUCGCUGUGAUGCCGCCGUUCUCGGAUCGCCUUGCACCAACUGCACGCUGGAUGGAAGAACGGACUGUACGCUGCGCCCAAACGUGACAGCGCGCUUCAAAAGGCUUCAGCAAAACGGGAUCUCACAGUUCGGCGCGUCAGCCGAGAUCAUCCCGCCCACGACCCCCGGGUUGAGUGCAUAUGAAGCGGCGCCAGAAGUCAUCUCAUCGCCAUUGCCAGAAAUCCGGGUCCCGGAGCCAUCGACGCAGACAGAUCUCGCGGGAGGGGCUGGUAUGAGUUUGUGGAACGGGGCUGGGGACCCUCACAGCGUCGACAGUCUCGUGGUGGAAGACAGUGGCGCCGCAGUUCCAGGACAGUACUUCCUUGCCUUAGAUAAACUAUCGUCUCUUCCGAUGGAUGAUGUGCACGUUCUGGUCACCAAUGGCUCACUUGACAUCCCUCCCAAGGACCUGGUGGAUGUGUUUCUGAGGAAGUAUUUACUCGUUAUCCACCCAUCGCUGCCUAUCCUCAACGAGGUCCAGUUCUGGAAUACCUACCUGCACGCCAAUGAGAAUCUCGACCCCAGCCAGAAGGUGUCACUGUUCGUGUUUCAAGCCAUGCUCCUGGCAAGUUGUUCAGUCCUCUAUGAUACGGGCUUCGAAAGCAACCCACUAGCCAGAGCUCAAGGCGCAGCGCUGCUCACCUUUCACACCACGGCCGAAGACCCCGAGGCCACCAUGACGUGGAACCUCUGUGCCAUUCAAAAUGCGAUCGCAGUCGGCCAGGACACGCAUGUACCAGAUGCAGACGCCACCCGCAUUGCGAAAAAACGGCUGAUCUGGUCGGUCUUUGUGCGCGACAGGAUCCUGUGGCUGGGGCGACAUCGGCGGCCGCAGUUCAUUUCUGCCAGCUUCAACGUGACGACCGGUUACCUGGACGAGGACGACGUCGCGGACGAGAUCAUGUUCUCGCCAGUGUAUGGGGCCGACGCGAAACGCUCGCUUCUGAAGAUCUUCCAGGCCCAGUGCCGGCUCGCGGUGAUCCUGACGGGGGUCAUCUCUAUCGCCUUUGCGAGCUCAGAUGGCUACGUCCCGCGACUGUCCUGGCAGGGGCUCCAGCAGAGUCUUGCAAGAGUCGAGCGGCUGAAAGGUCAACUUGCGCUGUGGAAAGACGAAGUCGAUGUCCAGGUCCCGAUGCACAACCCGGAGCACGAGAUCAUCGAUGUCAAUAUCAACCUCACAUUCAUGUACUAUCAAAAUGCCCGCAUGGCACUAUCCCACCACCAGACCCUGCUCGUCGAAGAGCACAUCGAUUUGAUUCAAGAACGCUCCGCGACAAUCCUCCUUGGUAUCGCCAAAGACCUCGAGAGUUCCAUGUCGCAUCUAACGCAAACCAUGGCCUUCUUUGCCUCUCGACACCUCCCCGAAAGUAUUCCCCUCAGCGUUCUAGCCAACUGCGGUACUCCAUUGAUCCUCUCCGCCAUCGACAUGCACCUCUCCCCAUCCUACGCACACUCCAUCAAUCGCCAACACAGCCUCAACAACUGCACCGAAGUCAUCCGCCAGUCUCGCAAAGCCUACGACGUCACCGAGCUCUUCUCAAAAGGCACAAACCACAUCCUCCAGCUGGCCUACGCCAUCACCCAGAAUCUCUUCCGCGACACCAACAACGCCCCCUCCCCAGCCCACCACCCCGAAAAUGCGCCCUUUACCAACCUGCGUGUCACAGGCUGGGUCCACGCCUUUUUAAAACACCCGCGCGCAUACCUACUGCUGUCGACCUGCAUCGACAGCAGCCUCGCGACCGGCCAUCUCCCGCCAGAUGGAUCCUCCCUCCCCGCGAUCGUCCGCCAGACAGUGCCGCUCACUCUGGGCGUGUCUAGGCUUCCGUGGGCGAUCGACGUGCCUAUUCCCUCCGCUGGCGGCAAACGGCGCCGUAUUGGCUGUGCGUCUAGCCGUGACGAGGGGGCAUCGCAAACCCCCCUCGACGAUACCUGUAUAAAACAGGAGGACAUGUAG